AUGGCACAUGUUUCUUCAGAAAUUCAAGAUGGUUCUCCUAAAGAUGGAUCGACUAAUUCUGCAGCCUCUGUUAGAUCUCCUUUGUGGGAUCCCACAUUGACUGGGGAUUUGGACCUAAGGUCUAUGAUUGAAGAAAAUGCUUUCCAGGCUUUGUCAGGAGGAUCCUUAAUAAAAAGGCCACGAUACACAUUUUGUGUCUCUGAACCAGACGAAGAUAGUGACUUUCUGUCUCUGACUUUUCCCAGAAAACUUUGGAACAUGGUUGAAAGUGAUCAAUUCAAAUCAAUUUGGUGGGAUGAGAAUGGGACUUCAAUAGUGAUUGAUGAGGAACUCUUCAAGAAAGAAGUUCUGGAGAGAAAGGCCCCUUUCAGAAUAUUUCAAACUGGAAGUAUGAAGACUUUAGUUCGCCAGCUUAACCUUUACGGAUUUAGUAAAAUGCGACAGAGUUUCCAAAGAUCUGCUUCUCUGGCUGAUUUUCUGGCAGAGGAAAAAGAAGUAUCUGUUUUAAGCAAGCUACUGAAACCAUUUAAAGUGGUAUUCACUGUUACUUAUUUCAACAAGAAACCAUGCAGAGCUGAGGGUAAUGUGCAUAGUCCUAAUUCUGGUUUUGUUGCUGAAACUAGUGGAGAAAGGGCAUUGUCAACCUCCACAAAUUUAAAUGUGCCCCUGAUAAGGAAGCGUCCUACUAUCCAGAGAGUUGCUAAUACAACUGCCCCCGUGACAAGUGAUCUUUCUCCACCGUCAUCAACGUCAGCUAGGCCGUCAGAACAAAUGGUAAUGGAUCAGCAUGCCAUUUUAAACCAGUUGACCACUUUUCACACGCAUUCACGUGACAGCUACACUCAAGCAAAUGGCCACGCUGUGAACUUUGUUACAACUACAACUGCUACAUCUCAGUAUGGCAUCAUAUCUCCCUUACAGAACAGUUAUUUUGGAACAGUGGUGGAGCCUUGCACUUUUCCAACUAGAUAUCCUGCUGUGUCAGCCAGUGAGGUUCGUUUUUCUAACCCUCAACCACCAAGCAACCAAUGGUUCUCAAUGCCAAUGAUAGCUGAUACCUCUGCUGCCUCACUUGCAAUGUCAACUCAUCAACCGUCUUCAUCCUAUGUACAUCAUCCUGAUUACAAGUGA